AUGGAGUGGAAUCCGGAGACUCUCCAGUUCCUAUCUCAAUGUUUUCUCCACACGCUCUCUCCGGUCCCGGAGCCUCGUCGUGCUGCUGAGAGAUCGCUAUCGGGAGCAGCCGAUCUGCCAAACUACGGCCUAGCCGUCCUCCGUCUGGUUGCUGAGCCCUCAGUCGAUGAACAGACCCGUCACGCCGCCGCUGUCAACUUCAAAAACCAUCUCCGUUCGCGAUGGCUGCCUGCUGGUGAAUCUGGCAUCGCACCGAUCAUUGAUUCGGAGAAGCAGCAGAUCAAGACACUCAUCGUCUCCCUUAUGCUCUCUUCUUCACCUCGUAUCCAGAGCCAGCUGAGUGAAGCCCUAGCCGUCAUCGGCAAGCACGAUUUCCCUAGAUCCUGGCCUGAGUUGCUUCCCGAGCUUAUCGCCAGCCUUCAAAGAGCUGCUCUCGCCGGCGAUUACGCCUCCGUCAAUGGUAUUCUCGGGACCGCGAAUUCGAUUUUCAAAAACUUCAGGUACCAAUAUAGAACCGAUGAUCUGUUUCUGGAUAUCAAGUACACCCUUAAAACUUUUGCUGCGCCGUUGCAAGAGGUUUUCCUGAAAACAGCUUCGUUGAUUGAUCCUGCUGUGAGCUCCGGUGGGUCUGCCGCGACGCUUAAGCCUUUGUUUGAGUCUCAGAAGCUAUGUUGCAGGAUAUUUUUCUCGUUGAACUUUCAGGACUUGCCUGAGUUUUUCGAGGAUCAUAUGAACGAGUGGAUGGGAGAGUUUAAGAAGUGUUUAUCCUCAAACUAUCCAUCCUUGGAGAGAACAUCAGAUGGAUUAUCACUCGUUGAUGAUCUUCGCGCUGCUGUUUGUGAGAAUAUUAAUCUGUACAUGGAGAAGUACGAAGAAGAGUUCCAACGCUUUUUGAGUGACUUUGCAUCAGCUGUUUGGACAUUGCUCCGGGAUGUGUCAAAGUCUCCGAGCAGGGAUCAGCUAGCUACUACAGCGAUCAAGUUCUUGACCACCGUGAGCACGAGCGCUCAUCAUGCUUUGUUUGCAGGCGACAAUGUGAUCAAGGAGAUUUGCCAGAGCAUUGUGAUUCCCAAUGUUUCUUUGAGGGAUGAAGACGAAGAGCUUUUCGAGAUGAACUACAUUGAGUUUAUCCGCAGAGACAUGGAGGGGAGUGAUGUGGACACGAGAAGGAGAAUUGCUUGUGAGCUACUGAAAGGACUUGCCGCAAACUACAAAAGGCAAGUUACAGAAGUGGUUUCUCUUGAGAUACAGAAGCUUUUGAGCUCAUCUGCAGCAAAUUCGUUAAGGUGGAAGGAUAAAGAUUGUGCAAUUUACUUGGUCGUCUCUCUGGCUACUAAGAAGGCAGCGGGUGCAUCUGUGUCUACAGAUCUCAUUGAUGUUCAGAGCUUCUUUACAACGGUUAUUCUUCCUGAGUUGCAAAGCCAAGACGUCAACAGUUUCCCAAUGCUGAAGGCAGGGUCCUUGAAGUUCUUGACAAUGUUUCGAAGUCAUAUGCCAAAGCAGUUUGCAAUUCAGUUGUUCCCGGAGCUGGUCCGUUUCCUUAAAGCAGAGUCAAACGUGGUGCACUCAUAUGCUGCUAGCUGCAUAGAGAAGCUUUUGCUUGUGAAGGAUGAAGGUGGAAACAAUCGGUAUGUCGCUGGUGAUAUAAGUCCCUUCUUGCUGCAGUUGAUGACGAAUCUAUUUGCUGCACUGAAGUUUCCAGAAUCCGAGGAGAAUCAGUAUCUCAUGAAGUGUAUAAUGAGGGUCCUUGGUGUUGCUGAAAUCAGUGGUGAGGUUGCUGGGCCUUGCAUCAAGGGUUUGACAGAUAUUCUCAGUGAAGUUUGCAAGAAUCCCAAAAACCCCAUCUUUAACCAUUACAUCUUCGAGUCUGUGGCUGUACUUGUUCGACGGGCAUGCCAACGCGAUAUCUCUCUCUUAUCUGCAUUUGAAACAAGUCUUUUCCCGAGCCUGCAGAUGAUUUUGGCCAAUGAUAUCUCAGAAUUCUUGCCCUAUGCGUUUCAGCUGCUGGCUCAGCUAGUCGAGUUAAACAGACCACCUAUUGCACCGGGCUACAUGCAGAUCUUCUUGCUGCUCCUCUCGCCUGAUUCGUGGAAGAGAAGCGGCAAUGUCCCAGCUCUUGUGCGUCUGCUCCAGGCUUUCCUGCAGAAAGCGCCUCAUGAGGUGACUCAGGAGAAUCGGCUGAGUCAAGUGCUGGGGAUAUUCGAGAAGCUGGUUUCGUCACCUAGCACGGACGAGCAAGGCUUCUAUGUCCUCAACACGGUGAUAGAGUAUCUCGACUACAAUGCUAUUUCACCUUACAUUACGGGUGUGUGGAGUGCAUUGUUCACACGCCUUCAGAACAAAAAGACUGUCAAGUUCCAGAAGUCGCUGGUAAUAUUCAUGUCGCUCUUCUUGGUGAAGCACGGACCUGCUUUUCUAGUGGAAACCAUAAACAGCGUCCAGCCAAACGUGUUCACUGCCAUCUUGGAGCAGUUCUGGAUCCCAAACCUGAAACUGAUCACGGGGACUUUAGAGGUUAAGCUGAGCGCAGUGGCUGCGACGAGACUCAUAUGUGAGAGUCCAGUUCUUCUGGAUCCAUCAGCUUCUCAACGUUGGGGGAAGAUGCUUGAUAGCAUCGUGACACUUGUAUCAAGGCCUGAGGAGGAGAGAGCAGUGGAUGAACCUGAAAUGCCGGAGAUCUCGGAGAACGUGGGAUACACAGCUGCGUUCGUGAACCUCCACAAUGCUGGGAAGAAGGAAGAGGAUCCUCUCAAGGAUAUCAAAGAUGCAAAGAAGUUCUUGGUCGAUGCUUUGGCUUCGCUUUCUAAAACUGCUCCUGGCAAGUAUCCUCGGAUCAUUGGGGAGACUCUUGAAGAAGCGAACCAAAAAGCUCUGCUCCUGCUAUGCAAUGCGUACAACUGUGUAAUGGUUUGA